ACUCUUUUCAACAUGGCUACCACAAUGGCACCUUUCCCACGGGUCUACUUCCGCUACGUAGAGCCCCUGAUGAUCACCUUUGGAAGCCUAAAUCUCAUCUCGACUGGUGCGUCCAGCGCCUCGACGUACCUAUCCAUACAACCUCACCCAGUACUGGCAACCGAACACUUCCUGGCUCUCCAAGCGGGCAGCAUGAUGCUUCUCGCAGGCCUCUUGCUCACUAUCAUCAUGUGGACGAGCAAUGAGAUCAAAACCAUUAGGCUCACGAUCAUGGUUCUUGCGGCUUCAGAUAUACCUCACUGGAUCUUUGGAGCUUGGUGUUUGGGCCCUCUCGCUUUGGAGCCUAGCUCUUGGAGCGCUGAGAUGAAGGCAUACAUGGGAGUGCCGGUGGUUACUUUUCUGAUCAAAGUGGCAUACUUGACGGGAUUGCUUGGACGCGAUCAAGUUACCGACAAAGUCGGGAAGGAGCUUUGAGAUGUUUGUAGACAGAUCAGGACAAGUGGUUUCGGGAAGGACCAUUCUCGUACAACGCGAGAUGAAUCGAGACCUGUCGAUUUUGAAAAGCGCUCCAAGCGCAUCAUGCAGACGAAUUUAGCACUCUCUUCAUAUCGUUUCCGUUCCUGCAUGGGUGCCGAAUUGUUUGCAGUAUUUGCAAUUUCCACCACUCCGCUUCUCCAACUGAAUUCCACACUUUCUAAAAGCGACAAUUAAUA